AUGGCUCCGAAAGCAAAACCCGCAGAGAGGAAGCAGCAGUCAUUGACGUCUUUCUUCACUCCAAAGGCGGUCAAUGGACCGGCCGUUUCCUCCAAGCGCCGGCAGACCGAAGCUCGACCAGCAGACGCCGCCGUGAAGGACGACGACAAGGCGCAGUCUCCCUCGUGUUCGCCUCCUCGCAAGCGACCGCUCGAAGAAAACACGGACAACGGAAACGAAGGGCCCGAAAGGUCGUCGAAACGUCCCAGAGGCGACGAGAAUAACAAUCCCAACGGAGAAGAAAGCACAUUGACGGUCAAGGGCAAACCGACGAAUGCAUCGGGUGCAGUGUCCCGGGCUCGCCGCUAUCUCUACGACGCAUCAGAUACCAAGCCUGCGACCCAGUCGACGCAAGACGACGACGACGACGACGACGACGACGACAGAAGACACAUGAACCAACAGCUGCACAAACGAUUUGUAAAGAAACUGGGUCAUCCCGAUGCCCUGGUUUGGAGGUCAAGGAUAGCUCGAGACCAUGGAGCCGCAGGAGACGAAGAAGGUGAUGCAGACUUGGAUGCCGACGAGGACGAAUUGCCGACACCUGCAAAGACCAAGAAGAAGGGUGCCAAGAGCGGCAGACUUACCCCCAUGGAGCUUCAGUUUUUGGACAUCAAGAGAAAGCACCUGGAUACCAUCCUCAUAGUCGAAGUCGGCUACAAGUUCCGCUUCUUCGGGGAGGACGCCAGAAUCGCGGCAAAGGAGCUCGGCAUCGUCUGCAUACCUGGGAAGAUGCGAUAUGACGAGCAUCCUUCCGAGGCACACCUUGAUCGGUUUGCCUCAGCAAGCAUUCCUGUCCACAGACUCUCUGUUCAUGCGAAGCGGCUCGUAGCAGCAGGACACAAGGUCGGCGUGGUUCGACAAAUAGAGACAGCUGCCCUGAAAAAGGCAGGCGACAACCGCAACGCCCCGUUCGUCCGAAAGCUCACCAAUGUCUACACGAAAGGGACGUACGUCGAUGAAGUCGGCGAGCUGGAUCAACAAGCUGAAGGAGCGCCUGCAGGCGGCUACUUGCUGUGUAUAACAGAGACAAUAUCCAAAGGAACCGGGACUGAUGAAAAAGUAGACGUCGGCAUACUGGCAGUUCAACCCGCAACUGGCGACAUCGUCUACGACACUUUCCAAGAUGGAUUCAUGAGAAGCGAGAUCGAAACGAGACUGCUGCAUAUAUCGCCAUGCGAGUUUCUCAUAGUGGGUGAUCUUACAAAGGGAACCGACAAGUUGGUCCAGCACCUGUCAGGAAGCAGUACCAAUGUCUUUGGUGACCGAAGCCGAGUAGAGCGGGUGCCUCGACCCCGGACAAUGGCAGCAGAAGCCUACUCUCACGUCACGCAGUUCUAUGCCGACAAGCUCAAGGACGCAUCGCAAAGCGAGACGGCCAGUGCGUUGCUCGACAGAGUGCUCAAGCUUCCGGAGCCCGUCACAAUUUGCCUGUCAGCCAUGAUCAACCACCUCGAGGAGUACGGGCUCCAACACGUCUUCGAUCUGACAAAGUACUUCCAGAGCUUCACCACCCAGUCGCACAUGCUCCUCAGCGGCACCACCCUCGAGAGCCUCGAAGUCUACCGCAACUCCACAGACCACGCAGAACGGGGCAGCCUCUUCUGGGCUCUGGACAAGACACUCACCCGCUUCGGUCAGCGUCUUCUCCGGAAAUGGGUCGGCCGGCCCCUGCUAGACCAAGACCGUCUCCAAGAAAGACUCGCUGCCGUCGAGGAACUUGUCGACAAGCAGUCCACGGCGCCGGUCGACGACCUCGAGAAACUCCUGGCCACCACAAAGACGGACCUCGAGCGCAGUCUCAUUCGCAUCUACUACGGCAAAUGCACCCGUCCCGAGCUCCUCUCAGUCCUCCAAACCCUCCAAAAGAUUGCCACGCACUACUCCUCCGUCCAGUUCCCCUCCGACAACCCCUUUUCAGCUGCCCUCCUCGCCACGUCCAUCAAUGCACUGCCCCGCAUCCUCAACACGGUCGUGUCAUACCUCGAGAGAAUAAACCUGGAAGCCGCACGAAAGGACGACAAGUAUGCCUUCUUCCGAGAGGAGUACCAGACAGAGGACGUCCAAGACCAGCAAAUGUGCAUUGCACACGUAGAGCAUGAGCUAGACGACCACCUCAAAGUGGCCGCCGCGAAGCUGAAGAAGAAAAAGGCCGACUACGUGACCGUGGCAGGCAUAGAGUUCCUCAUCGAGGUCCCCAACAGCGACAUCCGAAACGUUCCCGCUUCGUGGAGCAAAAUCUCGGGCACCAAGAAAGUAUCCCGCUUCCACACCCCCGAAGUGGUGCGCAUGAUUGGCGAGCGAGACCAACACCGCGAAGCUCUCGCCGCCGCCUGCGACAAGGCAUUCAAGGAUCUGCUCGCCGCGAUAUCGUCCGACUACCAGCCGCUUCGCGAUGCCGUCUCAUCACUCGCCUCACUCGACUGCCUCCUCUCCCUGUCCAAGGUCGCCGCCCAGCCAGGCUACAGCAGACCGACCUUCUUGCCGCCCUCGUCCGAACCCACGGUCGCCAUCACGCAGGGCCGGCACCCCAUUGCAGAACACACCAUCGAAACAGGCUACAUCCCGUUCAGCACAACUCUCGCCCACCCCUCGCCCCUGGCACACCUCAUCACGGGCCCCAACAUGGGCGGAAAGUCGUCCUACGUCCGCGCCCUCGCCCUCAUCGUGCUCCUGGCACAGAUCGGGUCCUUCGUCCCCGCCGACGCCAUCUCCCUCACGCUCUGUGAUGCGAUUCACACCCGCACCGGCGCCAGGGACAACCUCUUUGCCGGGGAAUCUACAUUCAUGGUGGAGGUAUCCGAGACUGCAAGGAUACUCCGCUCCGCCACACCACGUAGCCUAGUUAUCCUCGACGAGCUUGGCCGCGGCACCAGCACACACGAUGGUGCUGCCAUUGCCCAGGCAGUCUUGGAGCAUGUAGCCACUGAGACACGCUGCCUCACGCUGUUCAUCACCCACUACCAGAACCUUGCUAGAGUCGUCGACGGCCUCCCCGGGGUCAGGAACCUUCAUAUGAAGUUCAAGGCUGACAAGGGGCCAGAUGGCGACGAGGAGAUUACCUUUCUCUAUGAAGUGGGCGAAGGAGUUGCACAUCGAUCGUAUGGGCUGAAUGUAGCGCGUCUUGCCCGGAUUCCCAAAAAGGUCAUCGAUGUGGCGGCCAAUAAAUCUGGCAAGAUGGAAUUGGAUAUGACGGUACGGCGUCUCAAAGGGGCCAGUCGAACGCUGGGUCAAGUAAUGACUCAUGGACCAGAGCAGCUGGAGCAUUUGAUUGCGAGUAUUGAGCAAUUAUGA